GCCUGACUGUCGUCCUGCUCUCACCUCGUCCCCCUCAGAACACACUCCCUGCUUCAAAGCGUGACUCGUCAGAACAAUGGAUCUCGCUGUCACAGCUGAGGACGGGUUGACGAGGAUGACCAGGCCGGAACUAGUUCUGUUGGGCAUUGUGUGAACAUUACAACAACGGACAACUUCCUGAUUACACUCGGCUGUGUUCGUGAAACAAGCCCGAUGUUGUUAAAUCAACUCGCUAAUCAAUACAACUGUGACUGGAACUGCUCUUUCGAGGAAUAUUCUACAAUUGCCUCUCGACUGGGAUUAGAGGGUUCAUCUUUUGAGAUUUUGCAACGUUCUGGAAGACUUGAAAAGCAGAUGUGAUUUAUUUUAUUACGUUUUUGGGCUGGUGCGGGACUGUCUCUAAACUUGGUUAGUGUCCAGUUUUGCUGCAACAUUGCCGACAUUUUUCAAUUUCUCUGAAGUUAUUCGGUGAACGACAUGGACUUUCCAACAGAACAAUUCCAUCUGAGCUCGCUAUAUCAGCUGCUAUCACUUCACGUCUCAGCACAGCAGCAUCUGCUUGAAUGGCCCGCAGCUCCCUUUUUUGACCACCGCUUGUCUCGUUAACCUUUGCCCUCAUGGCAUUGGAGCCGUGUCCUCUGACCGCAGCAGAGACAGCGAUGUGUAGACUGGUCCACUCUGGACCCCGACCUCAAGCUACGCUGAGGCCGUUAACCUUGGAGCUGCAGGUGUAUGUGGACAAAACACGCACCAAGCAAAAACACAGGAUGGAGGCCUCUUGCUUGGAGUUGGCCUUGGAAGGAGAGCGGCUGUGCAAGGCGGGCGACUUUAAAGGAGGGACUGCUUUCUUUGAGGCAGCCGUGCAGGUCGGCACAGAAGACCUGAAGACCCUCAGUGCCAUCUACAGCCAGCUGGGCAACGCCUACUUCUACCUCAAAGAGUACGGCAAAGCCCUGGAAUACCACAAGCAUGACCUAACUCUGGCCAGAACAAUAGGAGACCGCAUUGGAGAAGGAAAGGCCAGCGGCAACCUUGGUAACACAUUAAAAGUGUUGGCGCGCUUCGAUGAGGCUGUGGUGUGCUGUCAAAGACACCUGGAUAUUUCUCAAGAGCAGGGAGACAAGGUUGGAGAGGCCAGAGCUCUGUAUAACAUCGGCAACGUGUUUCAUGCGAAGGGCAAACAGCAGUUAUGGGGCUGCCCCCAGGAGCCAGGGGACCUGCCUCUGGAUGUCAGAGACACUCUGCAAAGGGCGACUGGCUUCUAUGAGAUGAACUUGUGUUUGGUGAAAGAACUCGGAGACCGAGCUGCUCAGGGGAGGGCCUACGGGAACCUGGGCAACACCCACUACCUGCUGGGAAACUUUGUCGAAGCUAUCAAGUUCCACCGUCAGCGAUUAUCCAUAGCCAAAGAAUUUGGGGACAAAGCGGCAGAACGACGAGCCUACAGUAACCUCGGCAAUGCCCUGAUAUUCCUGAGCCAGUUCAACACCGCCACUGAAUACUAUGGGAAAACGUUGCAGCUGUCCAGGCAGCUGAGGGACCAGGUGAUGGAGGCUCAGGCCUGUUACAGCCUGGGAAACACCUACACUCUGUUGCAGCAGUAUGAGAGGGCCAUCGACUACCACCUGAAACACCUGUACAUAGCCCAGGAGCUCACUGAUAGAGUCGGUGAGGGCCGUGCCUGCUGGAGUCUGGGAAACGCAUACGUGUCUUUACAGAACCACAAACAAGCUCUCCACUAUGCCCGGAAGCAUCUGGACAUUUCUAAAGAAAUUGGAGACAGAAAUGGGGAACUGACAGCCAGAAUGAAUGUAGAGCAGCUGAUGGAGGCUCUCGGGGUCAAUGAGAGCGACCUUUCACCUUCCAGUUCAGAGUUUGAGAUGCAAGGAGCGAGACCCAAGUUCACCAAGCGAAACAGCAUGGACAGUGUAGAACUGUGGAAGUACUCCUCAGACAAGAACGGAGUGAACCAAGACUUGGAACGGAGAUCCAAGAGUCAGCUGUCACAGCCGGGCAAAAGGAAAGGCUAUCCGGACAGCCAGUCGUCAGAUGAAAGGCCGUGGUUGGACUCUCCUGUCGACACCGAUGACAUCACUGUGCAAGUCCCACCCCCAGUGCCAAAGCUGGGCCGGGACCCGUCCGAUGAAGACUGCUUCUUUGACCUCCUUAGUAAGUUCCAGAGCAGCCGCAUGGAUGACCAGCGCUGCCAUCUUGAUGAGCCCGAGGACGGAGACAACGGGGAAGGUGCCGAGAACUCCGUGUCGUCCCUGAACGAAAUAAUCGAUCCGGCCACUUCCACUUCCCCCCAGACUGAAGAGCUGUUUGAUUUGAUCGUGAGCUCCCAGAGCCGUCGUCUCGACGACCAGAGGGUUAAUGUCGGUAACCUCCCAGGACUGAGGAUCACUCAUAACAAUCUGGGACACUUGGUGGGUGAAGGAGAUCAUCAAGAACCCAGCGAUGACUUCUUCAACAUGGUUAUCAAGUGCCAGUCCUCUAGGAUUGAUGAUCAGCGCUGCUCCCCGCCAGAAGCCGGCCCCCACGCCCCCACAGUGCCCGACGAAGACUUCUUCAGCCUAAUCCAGAGGGUGCAGGCCAAGCGUAUGGACGAGCAGCGCGUCCAGCUGCCCUCGGACGACCAGGACGAGCCGGACUCCCCCGACCCCGAGCCGCCCGGUGGUUUCUCCAGCUAGGACUCGGUGAAUAAUGCGGCGGGAUUUCACGACAAAAGAAAAAUGCAAGCGGAGGAAAUUGAAGAGGGAUGAGCCAACAUUUAAAGACGGCACUGAAGGGUGAACUAACAAGAUUUUUUUGUUGUAAUAACAAGACAAAUUCCAUGUGCAAUAGGUGGUGCCCUGUCAAAUGUUGCUCGAUGUGAUGUGUUCUCAAUGUGUGUUAAUUUAGGAGGAAAACAAAGCAUAGGAAAGAAGGAAAUACAUUUGGGAUAACAUGAAAUAUAGUACUCCAUCUAAUGCCUUCAUCAGCAUUUAUUUUUUCAGACUGAAGAUUGUACUCCCUGCCGUCAGAUGUGUUCUGCAGAGGCACAUGAUGACCAUAAAGUGUACGAUGUAGGAUUAAUAAGCAGAGCGACAGCACGAGUCGUGGGGAACACAAAGAUAGGAUGAUAGUAACUGUGUUGAUGAACAACAUCAGAGAAAUGACAGAUUUGCACUCAAAUCUUAACCAGUUUUAUACAGAUAUGAAAUAUAAUGUAUAUAGCAGCUGUUCUUAUCAAACGAGUCGAGCUCUGAUCAAUGGUGCUUCAUCACUAAAUGCUCGUGGUUCCCACGGCUCUGAGACAACUGGUGUUCGUUGUGCAGGAACAGUAUUCGGGAUCAUCGUCCAGUGAAACUACUUUGGUCAGUUUAAACUUUUCCACUGAUUAAUAACUUUUAGCUUUUGACAAAGUAAUAUGAUUCCUUUUUAUAUUGACACAGUAAACUAUGAUUUCCCACAUACAUGUUAUUCAUGUGCAUUCCUGCAUUUAUAUAAGUGCUUUUCCUCAGACAGUAUGCUGUCGCCACGGUUACCGGGCAAACGACAUGAACUGGCUGCUUCUUUUAUCGAUCCAAGAAUAAAGUUGUCGCGAGGAUUAAAGCUCCAGUUCUGUGUCCCUGCUUAGCUUUCAGAGGAACGCAACCUGCUGCCCAUAAUGUUCCCACCAUCUGAUAACAGAUGACUGCUUACUGCCAUUAUUAGCAUCCCUUAACAUAGACAUAGAAACAGAUGGAUAAGAUGAAUAUGUGAUAUUUAACUAAUACCAUGAACAAUAUUGAAGCACUACUAGUGUGCUGCCUCCCUGUGGUCAGAACCUUGUAUUACCUCUAAGAAAUACAGAGUACAGCGUAUUGGGGGUUAAAGGCAACGCCUAGGACAACAUUAUAAUAAUAAUAAUAAUACAGGUAUGACGAUUCGGAUAACUUUCCUCUGGUUCCAGUAAGGGUGUAUCCUUUCAGUUCAGUGUAUAUUUUUAUAUAUUCUUUUCCAUAAAAGUUCCCAAAAUCAGCAGGAGAGGUACAUUUGAAUCGGCUAAGAGUUUGAAACCUCUUGCCGUGAAGAGCAUCUUUAUAACGGUACUGUAAACAAACAAGGGUGUCGUGCAUACCUCAUUGUUGUACCUCAAAGCUCAUGAACUGAGAUGUUGAGUUCUGAACCAGAAUGGAUCGUGUACCAAGUUCACGUGGUUGUGUUCGAUUCAUCCAUCUUUGAUAAACAACACAUUGGGAGCUAAAGUAAACAUUUUUAUUUUCCAGUUUUUUUUGUGAAUUAACAUUUUUUUAGAAAGUUCUUGGUACGCUUCAAUUGUGUCUUUUGCCAUAAUUUGUACAUAUAAAUAUAUUUUGUAUUUAUGUUCCAUAUGAGGACAUGAAUAUGUCCCUUCAUGCUUUUAAUAAAAUGUUUCUGAUGUUU